UUUGUUUUUGAUCGAAGAUGUUUGGAGUUUCUUGUUGAUAACGAGCUCAGCGUGUUUUAACGUUGUCUUUAAUCAUAUUUUAUUUAAGUUACUUGACUACAAAAGAUAGAUUUAUAUCACAUGCUAUAUCAAGUAGAGGAUGUGAACGUUUUUUUGUUCAUCUUUUGAUAGCUAACAACAUUAUACAGCUGAAGACAUCCUUUACAAUUCUGAAAUUAUAACAUGGCGUUUAGGAGAGACCGGAACCUCAGGGAUGUUUAUGAGGAACGCUUUCAUGCAGAGAGAGGAACAAUUCCAAGAGGGGUCCCAGGAGAGAGGAGACCUCCUUUCGGGCGGCCGGAGGAAGGAUACGGCCGUGGCUUUGAAUACGAGGGCCCACGGUUUUACCCAAAUGGUGGCCCUCGUAACUAUCAAGGUGAAGAGCAGAGGGGUUACCAUGGAGAUGGCCAUCAUUCAUUUCCGAAUGAUCACAGGGGUAGGCCGCCUGCUCGAAGGCAGGAGGAUUUUCCAUAUUACAGAGGACCAAGAGAGGAAUCGCAUCCUGCCCGCCAAAUGGACUUUAGGCCAGGCAAUAGAGCAGGUCCUCCCCAAAACGCUCGGGUCCAGGGUUCCUUCCCUCCAGCCAGGGCUCUGUCUGCCAUAGGACCUGAAGCUGGAGAUGACAACCUGAUGCAGGCCAUCAUGAGCCUGGACCGAGGUGAGGAGAGAGAGGGUCUGAGACGAAAGCCUCCUUUUCCUGCCGUACGUGAACGUUCUCCAGCCCGCCGUGACGUCCCACCUUCCCCCCAUAGCCGAUCGGGAUCCAGCAUAAGCAGCCGCAGCUACUCGCCAGACCGGAGCAAAGUGCUCCCCUUCCCACCCCAGCAGGGGAAAAGAUACGAGGAGCCAUAUGGUCCAGGCCGAGCUCCAGACAGAGAAAGGCCCCCCGGCCCCUCCGUGAAUGCAUCGCGAGAUGGUUCGCCACACAGCUCAGUAUCGGCCUCUAAGGAGGAAAUAAUGACGAUGGAAGGGCCAGCAGAAGAACUUCCCGCAACAUCAGAGGAGGUCACCUCCGUCAUGGAUGACUUCCAGGAGCGGCGAGCUCAAGCUAUUGCUGCCAAGGCUCGGGAAAUUGAGAAGGUGUACCGUCAGGACUGUGAGACGUUUGGCAUGGUUGUGAAGAUGCUGGUGGCCAAAGAACCAAGCUUAGAGAAGCACCUGCAGAACCCACUGAAAGAGAACCUGAUCGAGAUCCGCGAGCGAUGCCUUGAGGACCUGCGACACUUCAUUGGCGAACUGGAUGAGGUCGUACGGCAGCCUGACCCGGCUGUCUAAGGUGACAUCCUUUCAUUCGACCAGCGGUGUCAUAUUGUGUAAUUUCUGAGCCCAAACUAAAGACCCUCUUAGUUUUUGAUGUAUUACAUGAACGCCUUUGUACAAAGUAUAUUCCAUGUGACAAGGGUAAAUUGGUCACUGAUGCUGUCUCAUUCAUCCAUUUGUAAAUCGAAUUUCUAACCUUUCAAAAUAAUGAUAAAAAUGAAAAAAGACAAGGAAAGUCAUGCUCAUCAUUGUGGGGCAAAAGAUAUACUAACCCACUGAGGAUGUCUAUUUUUGAUCAAGCAGGUUUAAAUGAAAGGUUCUAUGUUGUUGUUGCCAGUUAAGUCACAUUCACAUGCAUUCUUUCUAAACAAUGAAAAUUUUUUAAGAAAUCCCGUAAAUAAUGUAUAUGUGUACAUGCAACUAAUAAUAAUGUAUAUGCAGUACUAUUAGGCUGUACAUCUGUCUUUAAACUCUUUUUUAUCCGUUAUACAAUGAAACCCAAAACAAGUUUUGUGUAGCGUUUCCUUUAUUUAGUAUUAUGUUUUGAACCCACUGUAAGGCAUGCUUUUCCUUUUGAUGUACUAAAUCCUUUUUGUGACUUGUUUGUUAUGAAAUAAACUUGUUGUAUUCAGA